ACAACGGACAUGCGCGGUACGUGGUUCCUGACGUCAUCAGGUGAAGUCGGCAGGCCAGAAAAGAAGGGAAACCUCUGACGGCAAGGGAGGGAAAACAUCCCGUUUCGGCAAAGUUGGAGGCCCAAAACCCUUCUGUCUGACGCGAAGACGCACAGAAAGCCAGUGAUGCCAUGGGAGGGUGCAUCGGGACCCACCACGACCGAUCGUCGGUCACAAAUGACACGGAAAACAGCUCGCCCGUUGCCAUGGGAAGGAACCAGCCUCUCAAGAAGGACAAGCCGAAGUGGAAGUCUGACGUUCCCUUCACGGAUGGACAGCUGCGCAGCAAGAGGGACGAGUUCUGGGACACGGCACCGGCGUUUGAAGGGCGCAAGGAAAUCUGGGACGCCCUGCGGGCAGCGUGCAACGCAGUGGAAAGCAACGACCACGAGCUAGCACAGGCCAUCAUAGACGGGGCAAACAUAUCACUUCCUCAUGGGACUCUCCAAGACUGCUAUGAUGAACUGGGGAAUAGGUACCAGCUGCCGGUGUACUGUAUUUCUGCACCAGUCAACAUGAUCUCGGAGGAGCAUAGUGAAUCAGACCCCAACGAUGUUCCCGAGUCAUUAACCACCGGCGAGGAGGUUUCCCUUAAACUUAGACUUUCCACAGGCAAGGACCUGAAACUUAACGUGCAGACCACAGACUCUGUGUUACACAUUAAGAAGAGACUGAAUGCAGAAGAAGGGAUCGAGUCGUCGCGGCAAAGGUGGUACUUCUCCGGGAAAUUGCUCCAGGAUAAGAUGCGGAUAGAAGAUGCAAAAAUCCCCAAAGGUUUCGUGGUCCAAGUCAUUGUUUCCCAGCCCGACCCGACCCCCGUGGAUGGUUGAAAUUAUUUUCCUGCGGUAUUGCUGCUACGUUUGCCUGGAAGAAUCAAGCAUGUGAUGAAUCCCUGUCCUCCCCUAUUCGGCUCACACAUACUGCGCACUACUAUCGGUAAACCAGAAAAUGAUGAUAUGAGCACUGUCUCCACCCAAAAGUGCUGGUAAAACUAAAGUGUUCACUCGACUUAUGACUCUGCAUAUACAUAUGCUUAUGUACACAAUAGUCUUUUACAAUUCCUGUGCAUUCUCUUUGAUAAGGGACAGAGCAACAAAGAUAGAAGAAAAGGGGGAGCUAGACUUCUAUUAUGCAUUUUCGUCGUACAGUAAAAAUGUAUCAUAAAACUAAAGUCUCUUGCAAUAUAAUCAGAGAAUUUUUAAGUAAGAUUUUUUUGCUGUAGUUGCAUGCCAAAAGAUGUCAAUUUUUUGCAUGAUCCCCCUACUGUCAGUGGUGGUUUGUCCCUGAAAUUAACCAUUUUUGGGCAUUCUGGUAGUGUAGAGGGACUUGCAUGUUACGUGAACUUGUCUUGUGACUCUCUGUUCAUCACUGUGUUGUUCUGUACAUAUGUAAAUCUUGCUGCAAAAUGCCAAUGUAAGGGGACACUUCUGUAACAAACUAAGCAACAGUGACAGAACUUCUGGAUGGUUUGUGUACAUACCCUUUAAAAAGCUAAAACUCUCAAGGCACCAUAGCACAAGUAUGACGUAAGCAGAGGCUCACUGUGCCCAUAAGCAUAUAAGGCCAUGGUAAUUAGGUAAGGUCGCCUCACAUCUCAUGCCAACUUGGUCGCUAAUGUUAGUGUUUUAGAAGGAAGUGUUUUCAGUUUACUUUACUUUUCCAGACAAGUAGUAUGCUGUACAAAGAUGUUGCUCCAAGCUACUAGAGUGUAUCAGAUUCAGAAGUCAAAACUGAACUUACUUGAAUAAUUUUUUCAAAAAAUCGCAGAUUAGAUGACCUCAACUUUUGUCAUAUAUUUUCACCUGAUACAGUAGCAAAGGUAGCUUCCCUAAACUUGUUCCCUGUUUUUGUUACCAUGCAAUACCAAGUGCCACAUUCACAGAGUUUAAUGCUUUGUUUUAUUUUGUGUGUGUGUGUUUUUUUUUCAUUUCCAAAGUUUAAGAUAUCUUAUAUAGCUUCUGUAGUGUAUUACUUUAAUUCCUAUAGAUUUUAUGUUGCCAAUUUUGGAAGAAAUUCAAUACUGAAAGCAUUGAAAUACACAAAACAGAAGUAUUAAAGGACUUACAAUGCUGGGGCCACAGAUACCAUGCUCAUGCACUACUUUUUUUUAAAUCUAGAAAUUAAGAGAUCUGUGAUUUUGCUUCAUCUAAAGUGUCUCUACAUUUUGUAGAUCAAUUAUUAAAUCUCCAAUAUGUCCAUUGUAGAAAUAUCUGGCAUAGAGAUUUUUGCAUAAUCUUAACCUCCUCUGGCCUUUGUGGUUGUUUUCAAGAUUAUCUCCAGCAACUUGUAGAAAGAAGUUAGCUAGAAAACUUAUGUUUCGAUUCAUAAAAAGUUCUAUUGAAUAUUUUGCAUUGUAACGUAUGCAAUGACUGUAAAUAUUUGUCACUUCAAGUAAAUUACCUUUAAUGCAAGAAAUGAAACGGAAUAACCUGCUUUUCUGAAUCUGAUGGAAGACUAUAGAAGUGUAGUAACCUUGUUUACUAAAAAGCACUGCUAAAAGAUAUACAUGCCUUACGUUUUAGGUAGCACAGUCAUAUCAUUAUCACAAUACCUGUUUAUUGACUUGGUACUCGAUUCAAAGCUUUGAAUUUGAUGCACUGAAAAUGACAGCAGCAUGCUUUUAGGAGUUCCCAAAAAGUGCUUAACUCCUGUCAUCUAGACUUUAUUUUCAUGCAUACUACUUGUAUAAAAGUAAAAUUCAUCUGUACAUUUGUAGGCAGGUGUAUUCGUUUGUUUUUUCACUGUGCCGUAACAAUUGUACAGUAGAUAUAAGCUAGGAAGUGAGUUUCCCUAGUGCAAUAUUCUUGUUACAUCUCUGUAGUCUUGCUAUCUGUGUUACGAAUCUCUUAGUCUUACAUGUUCUUUGUGUGGCUUAAAACAAUUUCAUCAUGUCUGCUGCGUUUAUCGUGUUUAUGUUGAUAUUUGCCAUCUCUCAUACCAACAAUGUUGCUCUCCCUUCAUGCUCCCCCCCCCCACAUUUUUGUACAAUUUUUUUUUAACUUUUAAUAUUUUACUUUGGUCCAUUAGAACAUGCAGUUACAGCAAAGAUGCCCUUCACUGUAUACGUGAUCACAUUCAUAGCACAAUGUAAUUACAUACAGGGCCUAAAAAUGUGAAUUAAUAAGAAACUUUAUUGAUGCAAAUUACCAUUAAUUACGCAAAUCUUCGAUAUUGAGGAGAAUCUUACUCAUGUUCUUGUUCAAUAUGAAAGUUUGUAUUGUAUUCGUAAUUCACAUCUUCACACUGUAACUCUGUGUAGAUCAAACUUGCGUAAAACCUCUUUGUUGUACUGGUGGUUUAGCAAAUAGGAAGAAGCUUAACCUUUAGUGCUCUGGGACUAGCAGUUGUGCUUAUUGCAACGCAUGUUAACAUAUUAAUGCUAAUACAGUAUUUUGCACAUGUUUGUAAGUUGUGAGCUUGAAGUAAGUUACAGUGCUGAAUGCUAGAGACAUUUUGCAGUCUACUUCACCAAUGUACAGGUGUACCAAUAUUACAUUGUAUUUUGGUGUGUUACAAGGAGUGCUAAAGGUUAGAAAGCAACAGUCGGGACCUCAAUGAUGUAAAUAUGUAGCUUUUUUUUUCUUUCAUUUACUUUUUAAAACUUGAAAAAUAUGGACUGUCAACAGUGUCAUUUUGGAAGCAUUGUAUCAAUCAUGAAUGAUAUACUCUUUACCCUUUACUUCCUGUUGAAAGCUGCAAGGCUCAUUUUCCCUUUUUCUUCUACUCAAAUGGUCUGGAAAUGAAAACAUACAUGUGUGUAUCACCACCCUAGGUGGUGUCCUUCUGAGAUUCAAUGCUAUUUUUGAUGAAGUAAAGAUGUCGCUUAAAACACUGAAACAUUCUGUGAAAAAAUAUUACUUUGGGUGGUGGUCAAUGUCAACUUGCAGCACUACUAUCUAGUAAGAAAUUGUUCUUUAAACUGUUGUAAAUGACCUUGUAGGUAUUCUCUUGACAUUCCAGGCCAACUAAUGACUGACACUUAACUGUACAGUCUUCUGCGCAACGAAGCAAAUUCAUGUACAAUGUCAAUGUCUGAAGUUUAAUUGUAUGAGGUUUGUUAAUUAAUGCGGGGGGUCAAUUACCCCCUUCACAAACUGGAUACUGUACUUGCAUCAAAUGUCGCUUAAGAUAUACUAACUGAAUUUUAGUAUGUGGAAACCACAGAUUGGAAAUCCUUCUACAUCAUGUCUGCAUAGCAGAUUUAUUUAGAUACCAUCUAUGUGUAACUUUUUUAAGCAAUGUACUUUUCCUGUGUUAUAAGCACCAUGAUUUGUAACAUUUCUGUAUCAUUCACAGCUUAAACUGUAUAUAGAGAUUUUGUUGGAAACAAUUGUGUACAAUGUACAUAGAUGUAGGGUGCAUUAGUUUGUUGUGUUUGCUAAAAUCUUGUAUGGAAUCAAACUUUUGUGUGAAUAACAAGUUAUUCUACUACCGUCAACUGUGAUAGCUUUACAAAACAACUUUAAGAAUAAAAUCUGCU